UCUGUGACGCGACUACCUGGAUUUUUACCUGUACUAUACAAAGGUGGGGAUAUAAUCAUAAUAACAUUCCAUAGAUUAUAGUGUUUUAUUUCGAAUUUUCAAAAUGUGGAUUUUUUUGUGAGAAAAAUGUGAACUUGGAAUAUUUUUUGGACGUAUUUUAUUGAAACUUUGUAUAUAUAAUUUGUUUAUUUUCAUACAACAGUAUUUCAUAUUUGAAAUUGAUUAAUCAAACUAUAGGUAUAAUCCAAGAUGGCGUCUAAAAAUCAGGUAACAAUCAUUUAUAUUUGUUUGGAGUUAUUACUUUUUGUUUCGUUUAUUUUCACUGCAACUAUUUUCAAAGACAACUUUGAACUAACAGUGCCACAUAAUGCUAGAAUUGGACACAUUGUAACCAAACUAUGUUGUGUAGAAGAUGAAAUAUCAAUACGACCGGAAGGAAGUCCACAAGAUGAUCAACUAUUUUCAAAACUAUUUUCUAUUAAAAGUGGAAAUCUAGUCGUCAAAAGUGAUAUAUCGUUAUAUGAAGGGAAAUAUUUUUUGGUUUCCGCAUUUUCAAACAACAACUGCUUCAGCAAUGUUGGCGAAAGACGGACGUUUGGCAUUUUUAUUCAAAAUUCAAAGGAUUAUAUGCAACUGGAGAAAAGAAUAUACCAUGGGGUUAUACAGAGAAGUUCUAAGCCUGGACUUCUGGUUGAAGGACUUGAAAGUCUUGUCGGGUUACUUAACUCAGAUACUAAAAUUUCAUGUGAAAUACAUGGUGACAGUUCAAACUUAUUUGAACUUAUAUCCUCUGGAUUCAGACUCAUUUCAAAAUUACCAACAGAAAGUAAAGCCUUAUAUUUUUCCCUUCAAUGUACAAAUGGAAAAGGGCAUGGGCAUUCCGGUAUUCACAUUUCUGUCGCAGACGACAAUCAGGGAAACAGCCCAUCACAGUUUCGUAAUCAGCUGUCACAGAAGACCAAAGUCGCCGUCCAACAGGACAAUCUUAUUCAAUCUUUCGAUCAACAGCCACACCUUCGAGUAAGACGCCAGGCUGUAACACUUACGUUGUCCGUUAACGAAGAUAAGACUGACAUCCUGACUUUAGAAAACCCCCAACCAGGAGUAACCACCCUGUUGUGGUCAGUUUCUUCAGACGACACUGACACAUUCAUAGUUAAUAACCAAGGCAAAGUUAGUGUAAAACCAGGAAAAAAACUCGACUACGAUUUUGGUCCAAGGAAUUACAAUAUACAGGUCCUAGUCAAAUCGUCAGAUGGACAGCAAGUUUUGAAAACCUACCAAGUUGAUAUAACAGUCAAUGAUGUGAAUGAUGAAGUCCCUCGGAUCACUAAUCAUCCUACACCGUACCAAGCUGCUGUAGAUCCUGCCUCCUCUGCAGGAACACUUGUUUACCAGCUGUCUGCUUACGAUCCAGAUACUACUGCUAAUGUUAAAUUUUAUCUUGAAGUUCCAAAUGAUAAUUUUGAUGUUGAACCCAAUACUGGCUGGAUAAAGACUAAACAGACAUUAAGUAAUUCAGACUCCUUUGUUGUCCGUGCAUAUGCAGCAGAUACUGCUGCGACUGGUAUAGCACAGAAAAGUCCUACAGUUACUGUAACCGUAUAUACUGGUAACCUAAAACCACAGUUUAAUGAAACAGCUUAUACAGCCAAAGUCCAAGAGACAAAUCAAGCAGAUCAAACCUUUGACACAUUGUCACCAGAUGGCAAUGUCAGUUUGGUUUAUGCAAUCAAUUUCCAGAAAAAAAUUGGAGGAACAACCACCUAUACUGUAUUGGAUGGGUCUUCCAUCUCGGAUAAGUUUAAAAUUGAUAAUGAUGGUAAAGGAAUUAUGUUGACUGCACUGGAUUAUGAAGUGGACCCACGAACAUUUUCACUCACAAUUCAAGCAGAGGACAGUCAUUCUCAACUUAAAUCUACAGUUCCGCUGACAAUUUUAUUGGAGGACAAAAAUGAGUUUGAUCCAACCUUCACCUUAUCAACAUACACAGCCAGGGUCCCGGAAGAUUUAGCUAUUGGCCAAGCCAUACUGACAGUUACUGCUAAUGAUCAAGAUUUAAGCUCAGUAUUGUCAUUCUGGGUUAGUGAACCUUUGUUUAGAGUACAGUCACUAACUGCCAAUACAGGUCAGCUGCAAGUUAACAGCACUUUAGAUUAUGAUCGUCAAACUAGUCAUCGAUAUGAGUUUGACAUUUAUGUUAAAGACAAUGGCGUACCAUCUCGUACAAGUCAGGCUAAGGUGCUCAUUGAUCUGACCAAUGUCAAUGAUGAAAAACCACAGUUCCAAGAUGAUAACAUGGUAACCACCAUCAAGGACAACAUAGCUUCAGGAACAGAUGUAUACUUGGUACAGGCUGUUGACCCUGAUGGUGAUAAAGUUACAUACAGUUUUGAAAAUAAUGCAAAUGUAAAAGACAUUUUUCAAAUAAAUGGUCAGACUGGGCAAAUCACUGUUCAAGGCUCUGUUCCUCCUAACAUUGAUCAGUAUAAUUUAAAAGUUUGGGCUACAGAUGAUGGUAGUUGCUGUACAGCAAGCAGACCGAAUCUUCGACAAGAGUCUACUGUUACUGUUAAUAUUGUUGAUGCUGUUAACACCAAGCCAUCGUUUACUGAUUGUAGUUCAUACAAACCAAAAGUUCUGGAGAAUGAACCUGCUGGUACUUCAGUUUUUACUGUUUCAGCAACAGAUAACAACAGAGGUGACAAUGGGGUAGUAGAUUAUUUUGCAGUGACUGAUAGUCAGACUGUUUAUUUUACUAUAAAUCAGACGACAGGGGAAGUAACCACAGUCAUGCCACUCGAUAGAGAAAGUUUUGGGUCUCGUUAUCUUUUCUUCACCGUGCGUGCUGUAGAUAAGGGCCAACCUCCUGGUGACGACUAUUGUACUUUCCCAAUUACUAUUGACGACGAUAAUGACAAUAGUCCAGAAUUUGGAGCAGCUCAGUAUGCUGGAAAUGUUUUAAAAACUGCUACCGAUAAUACAGUUGUGAUGACUGUGAAAGCAACAGAUAAAGACAUUGGUGUUAACGCUGAAGUAACAUACAGUAAAGCUGUAGAUACAGAUUACUUCAACAUUAAUACAGAUACAGGAGUAAUUACUGUGGCAAGGAGUUUAAUGAGUGCUCCGGACAGUGUUGUAUUCCAAGUAAAGGCUACAGACAAAGGAAUUCCUCCCAGAAGUUCAGUUAAUGUUAUCAUUACAAUCACAAUUGCAAAUGAUGAUGGUCAGAAUCCACCUGUAUGGAGUUCCAACACUCCAACGUUUAACGUUAAUGAAACAAGUCGACAGGAUACGUUGAUCGGUAGUCUUACAGCCACAUCACAAAUUUCAGGUAGUACUGGUGUCACUUUUUCGGCUAUUGCAAAUGGUCAAGCUGGAAGUCAAGUACCGCCAUUUUAUAUUCAGCAAGAUACAGCAAAUUCAAACCAAGUCAAUAUCUACAUACUGGAUUCCUUGAACUUCGAAGAUGUUAAAUCGUACACAUUCCAACUUAGGGCUAGGGAUAAUGUUGGAGAAGUGUACAAGGAUGUUUUCCCUGUUAUCACAGUUCUAGAUCAGAAUGAUGAAAUACCUAAUUUCCGUGGAGCUGAUCCUCUAUCUACAUAUAUUGAAGCUUCUGUACAAGAAAAUCUCGCCCCAGGAGCUGCAGUAACAACUGUAGCAGCUAUAGAUGAAGAUAUCAACCCUUUGUUUAAACAGCUGAAAUACUCUCUAUAUGGAGCAUAUGCACAAAACUUCAGCAUAGAUGCGUCUACUGGUGCAAUAAUUGCUAGAUCAAGUUUUGACAGAGAAGCCUCUACCAACCAUUAUUAUUUGUUAAAUGUUAAAGUAGAUGAUGGCUAUCCAUCAGCCAGACCUAGUGCAAACGGACAGCCUAAUACUGAUGUAGCCACAGUUAGAGUGAAGAUUGGAGAUGAGAAUGACAACCCACCUAAUUUUGAAAAAAGUAUUUACUAUGCUAAUGUCAAUGAAGAUGCUUUUAUAUCAUCCAUAGUCACAACUGUUGAAGCCAAAGACAGAGAUGAGGCAACAUUCCAGUACAAUAUCGUCCCUGGUCCUGGAUCAUCAUUUUUUUCUAUCAAAACUCAACAGUUGGUCGGAGAAAUUGUUGUGGCUGGAAAUCUGGAUUAUGAAAAUGGUGACAAAGCCUAUAAUCUCACAAUCAGAGUAAAUGAUGGCAAAUAUACUGCUGAAACCUUGGUAGAAAUAACGAUUAAUGACGUGAACGACAAUCCACCAGUCUUCGAUCAACAAAGUUAUGAGAUCAGAAAUGUGACAGAAGAGGUAGUCUACUCGCCACAGAACCCUCUCAUGUUGUUAAAGGCACAUGCAAUGGAUCCAGACACCUUCAGACAGAAAGGCAUGGAGUACAGAAUCUCUAAUGAGGAUCCUGUCAUUAAAAACUUGUUUUCCAUUGAUUCCAACACUGGCAUUUUAAAUCUGGUUGGCAAAUUAGACAGAGACAAACCCAAUGGCAGAGAUGUUUACCAGUUUAACUUACUUGCUAUUGAUGAGCCAGGGGAGACAAUCAGAUUGACAGGAUAUGCAACCGUACAGAUUUUCCCAAUCGACAUAAAUGAUAAUGCACCAAUGUUUAUACCUGAUAAACCAACAGGAUCUGUAAAUGAAAUGUCUCCAGUUGGAACCUCUGUAAUGAGAGUAAUUGCUGAAGACUACGAUGCAGAUAUUAACGCUGAAUUUACAUUCCAAAUUAUUGGGGAUGGAACUCCAAGAACAGCUUUUAGAAUAGAGGGUGAUGGACAGGUGUUUACAACAGUGGCAGACCUGGACAGAGAAAAAUAUGCUCAGUAUUUCUUUGUUGUCCAGGCGGUUGACAAGGGAACUAAUCCACAAACUCAGACCAGUUCAGCAACCGUCACAGUUAAUAUCAUUGAUAUAAAUGAUAAUCCACCAGUGUUUGAGGAGUCUGUAUACCAUGUGACUAUUCCAGAGACCCAUUCUGGUGCAAUUCUCACGAUUAAGGCUGAUGAUCCCGAUGUUGAUGAGGUGUUGAGGUAUUCCCUCAAUACAGAUGCUUACAAACAUUUCACCAUUACAACCCAAGGCAGGGAGGGUAUCAUUGGAGUGUACAAUGGCAGUAACCCUGAUUAUGAAGCAGGAGAAACAUUCUUCAAUUUAACAGCUACAGUAAAAGAUCGUGAAGAUAAAUAUACUGCAUCUACCAACAUACAGAUCACCAUUGAGGAUGUAAAUGAUGAAAAGCCAAUAUUCAUGAUCAAAAAUAAAGAGAUCAGUAAGGAUGAAGGGACUGCAACUCCUAUUGACACAGAACUUGCCACGUUUACCGCAACUGAUCGUGAUACAGGCCUAAAUGGUGAAAUCAGUUACUUCAUAGGAAAAGAACCCAGAGAUGAAAAUCCAAAAGAAUAUUUCAAGUUGGAGGAAUACACUGAUUCUACUACAUCUAAACGGUCAGCCAGAAUCAGACUAAAUAAGCUACUUGAUCGAGAACAUAUCGCUAAACAUACCGUGUAUAUUUUGGCUAUGGACAAAGGUGUUCCUAGUUUGACCGGUACUGCAACAUUGACCGUCAGUGUCAAUGACAUUAAUGACGAGUUUCCAAAAAUCAAAGGUGUUCCUUAUGCUAAAAUAAUGGAAAAUGCACCAAUAAAUACUCUCAUAACGACUGUGUUAGGUGAAGAUCCCGAUCUACCUGACAAUGGACCUCCUUUUGGAUUUGAUGGAAUACCUUGUACUAGCCAAAGUCAACCACAGUGUAAAUUUGAUGUCAACUUUAUGGCAGGUUUGGAUGGUGGAAAUGGUGGAGCUCAAAUCAAAUCAAAAGAAGUAUUUGAUAGAGAGGUUAAGAAGUUUUAUUACCUUCCCAUUAAAAUGUGGGAUAAACGAGGAGUUUCUAAUGUACUGAGUCAGACUGGUACCAAUACACUAACUAUUGAGAUAGGGGACAUAAACGACAACCCACAUGGACCAGGAACACAGAAUAUACAUGUGUAUAAUUACAAAGGAAUGUUUAAGAAUAUUGAAAUUGGAGCUGUAAAUUAUGCAGAUUUAGAUGACCAUGACAUUGAUGACAAGACCUUUGUUGGCCCUGAUAAAUAUACCAAAUUUUUCAGUGUGAACAGGGAGUCUGGAAUGAUAACUAUGCUUCAUAAUGUACCAACUGGCAAAUGGACAUUUAACGUGGAUGUGUCGGACAGAGUUGAUGGGUUAACUACGACAUCCUCCGUUACAGUAAUGAUUGAGGAAAUGCCAGAGGAAGCACCAUAUAAAUCAGGAUCUGUUAGACUCUCAGGUACAACACCAGAAAAAUUCAUUACACCAGAUAGUAAAGGGGAGUCACCUUACGAUAAAUUUAGAACACGUCUUGCUAAUAGCCUUGGAGCAGAUAAAGAAAACGUACAGAUGAUCAGUGUUUUAAAGAAAGACGAUUUCACAGACGUCAGGUUCUCUGCUCACGGCUCACCAUACUACUCAAACACUAAAAUGAAUGGAGCUGUACUCAGAAACAAAAAUGAAUUUGCGCAAGAUGCAGGUGCUACCAUUGAAAUGAUCAACAUCGACGAAUGUUUAAAGGAAACUUGUGAAUCUGGUUGUUAUAACUUCCUUAACGUGACAGGCAAGGCAAACUUGGUGAACGUCAGGGGGAACGCCAUUGUUGGAGUUGAGACAUUUGUCCAAGGGAAGUGUGGAUGUCAUGAACCAGUCAGUCAGACGGAGUGUGACCCUACUUAUUGUUAUAAUGGAGGAACAUGCAAGAAAGAUUACUGGAAUGUUUUGAAUUGUGAAUGUUCAGCAGGAUUUGAUGGACCAAGAUGCCAGUCUACACGUCAUGGUUUUGACGGAACUGGUUAUGCCUUGUAUAAACCUUUGGAACAAUGUGAAAACUCUGAAACUAGUAUAGAGUUUAUUACUUCAAGUGACAACGGGCUAAUUAUGUAUAAUGGCCCUGUGUCAGAUAACUUUCAACCUCAAGAUUAUAUGUCCUUGGAGUUGGCAGGGGGAUACCCAAUUCUAAAAAUAGACCAAGGAUCAGGAGCACAGACACUGUCUAUAAAUAGUCCCUCCCUGAAUGGAGGAAGUAAACUAAGUGAUGGUAAAUGGCAUCAUAUAAAUAUCAGGAGAAAAGGAAAGUUGAUUACCCUGACAGUUGAUUAUUGUAAAGACAUUGCCCCAACUACUGAUGGAAUUGUGGAUGAUAGAUCAAUAUGUGAGGUUACUAUGUCAACGCCUGGUGAAAACAUGUUCCUGAAUGUGAAUGCUCCAUUACAGUUAGGUGGCAGACAGUCACAACCAAACCUACCAGCAGGAAUUACUAAUAACAAGUUCAAUGGAUGUGUUAGAAAUUUACGACACAACAACGAAUUAUAUGACCUGUAUACUGGUUCUGGUACCUACCCAGGAAGUUUUGAUGGUUGUCCAAAGGAAGAUGAUGCCUGUCAAAAGAACAGUGUAAACCUACCCAAGAAAUGUGGUGAUAACGGGGACUGUCAGAUCACUAAUUUGGCUACUAGUGCAACUAUCUGUAUAUGUCAUAGUGGAUGGAGAGGGGAUACAUGUGAUAUUCAAACCUCUAUAAAAGAUUUAGUCAGAACUCAAAGCUAUAUGGACUGGACCUUACAGUUAACUUUCCAGAAUUUGUUAUCUCAAUGGGAUACAGAUGUCCAUGUGAUGUACAGAACAAGGGACACUGACGGAGUUAUCUUCCAUGUCUCUUCCACAUCCACCAAUGAAUUUGUUAGGCUUGAGAUUGUAGGCAAUCAUCUGCAGGUGUUAUAUAAUUUGGGCGAUGGGAAUCAUGUAGUAAGUCUCGACAGAGUAAUGGCAAGUGAUGGACAAUGGCACAAAGUUAUUAUAAAAAGGCGAGGAAAAUUCUUGGCUCUGGCCAUGGAUAAUGGAGAAGGGCCUCGAUACUCAGAAACACAAGGGCCAGAUUAUGGACAUCAUUUGAUGCCUAUAAAAAAUGACCAAAUUUAUGCUGGAGCAGCCUUAACUUAUACCCACAACACGAUCACCAUUUCUAAUGAAAAAGAUCUUAACAGUACUUGUUUGAAUGAUAUUAGAUUGGCCAAUAGCUGGUUUCCAAUGACAGCAGGUGAAAGUCAACAAAAUGUAAACAUUAAACUGGUGAAUGAGAAAGAAGUUACUGAUAACUGUGUACGGAAGGACUGUGAGAAUUCUCCAUGCCGACCACCAUUUGUCUGUCGUCCAUUGUGGGAGAAGUAUGAAUGUGUUUGUGCUCUUCACUACAUUAAACAAGGCAGUACCUGUGUGCCCUAUGACUACUGUGGAAUCAACACACCCUGUCAUCCUGAUGCUGAAUGUGUCAACGAUCCUACUAAUGAAUAUGGAUAUGUUUGUAACUGUCAUUCUGGAUGGGAGGGAAGGACUUGUUACAAACUGGCGAUAGUAGAUACAGAUUCUGCUGGCGUUGGGGCGUGGAUAGUGGCACCAAUUUUAGUUAUUCUGUUGAUUUUGAUCAUUGCUGCCCUUCUUUGGUGGAAGUGUAGGAACACCGAUGAAGGACUGAUUGAGGAUGACGAAAAGGAAGAUUACGAAGUGAGGGAAAAUGUGAUGGAUUAUGAUGAGGAAGGAGCAGGUGAAGACGAUUAUGAUGGCCAUAUACAAGGAAUUGGCAGGUUGCCAGAUCAUUCUCAUUUUGAUAAGCCUGUUAAUGUAAAUCAUCUAGGCAAAAGUGCCCCACCACAACAAGGAGGACCAGGUAUUGGUGAUUUUAUCGGGGACAGACUGGAUGAUGCUGACGAUGAUUCAGGUGCCCCACCAUAUGAUACAAUGAAAGGAUUUGAUUACGAGGGAGGCGGUAGUGAUGCUGGUUCCCUGAGUUCUCUGAAUACCUCCACGUCAGGAGGUGACCAAGACUAUGACUAUCUAAAUGAAUGGGGGCCUAAGUUUGCCAAGCUAGCUGACAUGUACAAUAAAUAUGAAGAUUCAGAUUAGAUUUAAAAAGUGCAAAGAAUGAAUGUGCCAAGCUUGCUAGAGUAGAACUCAUGCAUAUGAAUAUUCAUGCAAUGUGCACAUGAUCAAAUCAGUGGCAGCUGCAUCAAGGAUUAUGCAAAUUAGAUGCAAAUAUACAUUCAGUGUGGAGAAAAUCAAAUGACUGAAAAGUCUUUACAUGACAUAUUUUGUGAUAUAUAUAUUUUGGGGAAAGUAAACAUGAAAUUUAAAUAUAUUGUAAUUAGUUUCAAUUUUAAUAUGACUUUAGUAGAAUUUCCAAGAGCUAAUGUUCAACCGUAUAAAUAUGUUUGAAAUGUUAUUUUUUUUUACUAAAUUAAAUAAAAAAAAGGUUAUUAAUUAAUUUCAUUAUAUAUUGUGUGUAGUUUUAUAAGUUUUAAAUCUAAUUGGGUUACAUGUGACUCCAAAUAAUUAACAAGUGCUCCAUAACUAAAUGUCUCUUGUUGCUCAUUAUUCCAUAAUGAAACUAACAUUCCAAAGACAUCGUCUCUUGAAAUUUUAUUUUAGAGCCAUUGAUAUUUUUAACAAAUCACAUGCAUGUAAUAUAUUAGAGCUUAAAGUAUUUAUUAAAAAAAAUGAAAAAUCACCAUGUUAUCAUACGAUCAAGGAGGUUAUAAUGUUAAUCCAUACACAUUUCUUUUUUUUCACGUUUUUUUCAGGUAUUUUCAGUAUGAAAUGAAUCUCAUAUUUUUUAACCAUUUUUGUAUGAAUGAUUUUUUUAAAGUAUGAAAUGUAUCAAAUACAUAUUGUUGUUGGUACUGUUGGUCCAGUGAAAUCUCUUUUUUAUACAAGUAUUAAAAAAAAUCUUUAUUUUAAUUUUCCUUUUUUUGAAAGGAAAUUAUAUUCCAAUGUUUUUAUAUAAUGUCAUAAGAAUAUAAAGAUAAAAUUAGGCAUGUACUUUCUUUUGAUUAAAUUUAUACAUAUUAUUAGCUUGAAUAAAAGAAAGAUUUCACUGGUAUUUUCAUUCUACCAAUCAUUCCAUUAUUCAUUUGUUGUAGAUACUAAUUUUAGUUGCUAUGAGACAAUUUGUAAAUAAUUCAUUUAAAUGUAAACAUAUCAUAUAAUACUUUAUUACCAGUAUUUUUGGUGGAGAUGGUGUGUAGAAUAAAAGAAUUAGAUCCCAUUUGAUAUAUGGUACUAAAUAGAUUUUUUACCAGGAUUGAUAUAUAUGUACAUGGUAAUGUCUCUGACAUUAUUGGAAAUCCAAUUUUAAAGAAUAUCCUUUAAAAAUAUUCUUACAUAAUUUGGAUAAUUAUUAAUGCUGUACUAAUUAUUAUUAAAAGGAGAUAAUACCAAUCAAGAAAUGUAAUUUAUAUAUUAUUGAAGUGAUAAAGGUUGUAUUUAUACUUGUCAUUUUAUAGUCCUUAUUGACUAAUAGAUAAUGUUUUGUUAAUUCAACAUUCAGAAUCUAAUGCAUUCUGGGUAUAAUUUUCAAAAACGUACACCAAAAUGUUGAUUGUCUAACAAGGUCCUUAACCAUGGAAAUUCGACCAAUGACGUGACACUAUAUUCAUUUGGUGUACAAACAAUUAAAUUAUCCAUAGUCCUUUAGACUCUGAAACAUAAAUAUUCAUUCUCAAAAUAAACAGAAUGUGUAAGACAACUUUUUAACAAAAAUUUUGUUUACCAUGGAUUUCUGGUGUAUAUCACAUGUUCUUGUAAUUCCUGUAUAAAAAAUUUCUUUUUCAUUGAGAGGCGCAUCGAGCAUUUUCUUGAAUACUGUAAAUUCAGAAAUUUUUGUGUACAUUUAUUAUUGCCAUGGUUGAACGAUGGAUAAAAAUGAGAGAUUUAUUAUUGGGAAUUCAGGAAAUGCUGCGUACAAAUAAUUCUAUCAAAAUAUAAAUGCAUUUGUUUUUCUUUAUUUGCAAAACCCAUCUGUUCACAAAGAUAAAAACAUCACAACAAUUUUUGAAUUUACAGUACCUGAUUGACUGAAGUAAAUACAUCAAAAAUGGAAAUUAUUGUCACUUUAAUUAUUGUGAUUGAAAUACUUGAAUAGAAAAAAUAGAUUUUUUAUAUCAUAUACUGUACAUCAUUAAUUCAUUAUACAUUAUAUAUUAAAACCAUUGGUGCAGAUUUUAUUUAGAUGUUUAUGUCUUUUGUAUUGUGAUUGUAAAUAUACUGAACCAAUUUGUCAUGACCUUAUUACAUGUAUAUAUAUUGUUGGAUGUUCCUGUCUGGAGAAAUUAUUUUAGAACUGCUACCCUUCUCUGCUCAGAGUCAUCUCCCAAUAAAAAGUAGUAUAGUUUUAUUUUGGGCUGAUAAUCUUUGUUUAAGAAAAGAUUUCAAAAUUUGAAAAUAUCGAGCUGCUUUUUACAUUUCUACCCUUAUAAUAACGAAGUUUUGUAAUACCAGAAAGUGGAUAGUAUAUACAUGUAACUUUUGCAUGGAAAUAAAAAACGCAAGAAGUUAUGAGCUCUUGAGUUUUGUUACUUCUGUAAUAAUUACUUAAAAUAAUGUUGCUACAAAUUAUUUCUCAUAUGACAUGGUGUAUCCACUAAUAUUACAAUGUUAGCACUCCUAAAGUGCUUUUUGUUUUUGUCAAUCUGCUUAUGCUUGCAGUUUUAUGUAAAUUAUGCACAAUCACUAUCAGCAUUUUUAACUUUAUUGCUAUUAAGUUUAUUAGAAGUAAAUUUCUAGAUAAUUUUGUGAUAAUUAAUUUUAUUUGCAAUUGAUGAUAAGCUAACUUUUGAUAUGUCAGAUAACUUUAUAUUAAACAAACAGGUUCACUGUAAAGCCUAGAUUUUUUUAUUUAAAAAAAAAAUCCUGUAAUUCAUAGUAAAUGGAUCAAAAUUUGAUAAACAGGAAUUUACAAUUAUUGUUUUGAUUAUACUUAGAAAAAAUUAAGCAAAACAUAUUUUUCAAGACUAUAAUGGCAAAUAUAUGUAUUUUUUAGCACAGGUCAUGAACAUAUAUAAUUUAUUUUUUGACAGAAAUCCAUUUAUAUUCAUUCCCAUGGUAACUGUUAAUCAAAGGUUGUGAUUAUUGUUUUUUUUUUUACUUAAGUCAAUUUAUACACUUCAUUAUUUAGAAUUACAUAAAUUAUGUUCUGUUUAUAAACAUGAUUGGUCUAGAGAAAUUAAAUUUUUCUAAUAU